AUGGAAAACCCCAGGUAUGUCGUCGUGCUCUUACUCCUCGCCGCGUCGUUCCGGCUCCUCAUCAAGAUGUCGCGCACGGAGCUGCUGCUCCCCCGGCCGAAGCGCGUCCCCCCGGCGCGAAGCGAAUCGCGCGCGGCGCGGCUCGAUCGAAGCGCCGACCGCAGGUACGUGCACCGCGACGCCAAGUUCACGAGCUACGACCUGGGCCAGAACUGGUCCUGGGACUGGUGCCUGUGCUUCCGCGUGCGGCCGGAGACGGAGGCCCUGGCCUACGACGCGCGGACGGCGCGGUUCACGCUCCGCUACGUCGUCGAGCGCCUGGAGCUCGCGGGUCUGGAGACGAAGCUCUUCCGGUCCGUGGACCGGGGCCUCAUCUUCGUCAAGAUCCGCGCGACGGCGCUCCGGCUCAAGGAGGAGGCGGCGCGCACGGAGUACGGGCUGAAGCUCGAGCCGCGCGAGGUGGUGAGGCGCGUCGAGCGCGGCUACCGCGACGCGCUCGGCCAGUACGUCUGGUACCCGCGGCGCGACGGCUGGACGCUGCCCGACGUGCCGGGCAGGGUCUUCAACACGGCCAUCGUCGACAGCGAGGGCCAGUCGCCCUUCGCCUACGAGGCCUACGCGUUCGGCCGCUACGACCGCCGCGCGGACGUCCAGUCGGCGUACGCGACGUACCUGCCGUCGAACUCCAUCUUCCGCGGCGUCGACCGGCUCAAGCUCAUCAAGAGCAUCAUGGAGGCCGACGGCAAGAACCGCGGCGCCCAGAUCAAGCUCGGCGAGCUGCUGGCGAAGGACGCGCUGCGGGCCGCGUACCCGCUCCACAACGCGGGCGAGGUCGCGGCGCUCACGGACCGCUGGCUCACCUACGCCACGCCGCCCUGGCGCAUGCCCGUCGACGCCAUCAAGGACUACUAUGGCGAGAAGAUCGGCACCUACUUCCACUUCCUCGGCCACUACACGACGUGGCUCGCCAUCGCCGCGGGCCGCGCGGAACUCGACCGCCGGUUCGGGGGAUCCCCCCCAAACUUCAGAACUCUCCAUCUCGGUCACAUCGACGCCGCGGGCGUCGGCAUCGCGACGUACCUCGCGCUCCUCUUCGGGCGGGGCUCCGGAGGCGUGCUCCUGCCGCUCUACGCGCUCUUCGUGAACCUCUGGGUCACGGGCUUCCUCGAGUCGUGGAAGUCCGCGGAGGCGACGAUGGCCAUGCGGUGGGGCAUGUCCGACUUCAAGACGUACGAGCAGAACCGGCCGCAGUUCGUCGGCCGCGAGAUCCACUCGCCGGUGACGGGCAUGCCCGAGGUCUACUUCCCGCGGCGCGAGCAGCUCGUCCUGCGCGCCAAGUCCUACCUCGUCGUCGCCGCGGCGCUCGUGGCGCUCGUCGGCGCCUUUGCGUGCGUCUUCGCGUUCCAGGGGUACAUGACCGCGCGGCCCUGGUCCUUCCAGAUGGACGCGGACCAGGAGCUCUACGAGGCGACGGGCCGCCAGCCCGGCGCCGUCAUGUCGGAGGUCGUGCUCGCCGUCGUCGUCAUCGCCGCGUGCGACGGCUUCAUCCCCGUCGCGGAGCGGCUGACGGAGUACGAGAACCACCGGACGGACUCCCUCUUCGAGAACCACCUCAUCGGCAAGGUCUUCGUCUUCCACUUCAUCGCGUCCUACGCGCCCUUCUUCUACCUCGCGCUCGGCCGCGACUUCAUGCCCGGCGCGACGCGCGACCGCAAGUGGGGCUGCUCGCCGGGCUCCGACGGCUGCUUCCGCGACGUGUCGAGCCAGCUCGCGUGCAUCUACCUCGUGCGCGUCGUCGCCCACGCCUGGGCCGAGGUCUGGGCGCCCUGGUUCCGCAAGAAGCUGUCGUUGGAGGGGUUGGCGCGCGAGACCGGUGGCCGCGACGCGGACGAGUACGUCGACCCCACGGGCCCGCGGCCGCGGAAGCGGCAGCUGUCGCCGGUCGAGGAGCAGUUCCGCAAGGCGGAGUACCACCACCUCCUGGGCUCCUUCGGCGACUACGCGGAGCUCGUGAUCCAGUUCGGCUACACGACGCUCUUCGUGACGGCGUUUCCCGUCUGCGUGGAACUCAAACAGUGCGCUGGGUGA